AUGGCAGUAGCCGUGAGCGACCGGUUCAGGGCGGACAGCGUGGGAGCCGAGGGCUGGUUCCGGGGGCUGGCCUGGGCCAGCGUCAUCUCAGUGUUUGCCAUGGUGGUCCUUGGAGGAGUGGUACGGGUUACCGAGUCGGGCCUGGGCUGCGGCGAUGACUGGCCACUUUGCUCUGGGCGGUGGCUGCCUGCGCUGGAAUCGAAGGCCAUUAUUGAGUAUUCUCACCGGGUGGCGGCAUCGUUCCUGGUGGGGCCGCUGAUAGCUGCCACGUUCAUCGGGGCGUGGCUGCGCUAUCGCAGGGUGGCGUGGAUUGUCUGGCCUGCGACGGCAGCCGUCGCACUGGUCAUCGUGCAGGCGCUAUUGGGCGCGGCGGCAGUGGUCACGGAGCUGUCGGCCCAUACAGUAAUGACCCACCUCGCCGUGGCCGAGCUGACGCUGGCCUGCUGUGUGCUGGUGCUGGUCAUGGCGUACCGAGGAGGCAGGCAGGCAGGGCCGCAGCCUUGGGCCGUGGGCAAGGCGCGGCUGUUUCCGCCGCUGUCGCUUGUGGCCGCGGGGGCACUGUUCGUGCUGCUGCUCUCCGGCUCCUACCUAACCAACACGGCGUCGGCCACCUGGGCAUGCCCGACUUGGCCACUGUGCACCAACGACUGGGGCGGGUUUUUCCCGGGGGGAAAGCUGGCGAUGAUACACAUGGCGCACCGGUGGGUGGCCCUGAUAGCCGGACUGGUGGUAAUGUAUGCGCUGCACCUAGGAAUCCGAAACUUUUCGACGGGCUCAGGGGAUAGGCAGCCGCCGCUGAUCCGGCUACUGUGUAUAUCGGCUCUGGCGCUGUUCGCAGCGCAGGCGCUGGCCGGGGCGGGAGUGAUCUGGUCCGGAUUCGGGCGCGACGUGGAACUCAGGGCGCUGCACCUGGCCCUGGCUUCGGGCAUGUGGGCCAUCGUGGCCGCGCUGGCGGUGCUCAGCUACUCGAAGGACCCGGGCCAACCCCGGGCCUCAGGACGAAAUGGCUGA